UAUGAAGAGUUUGGGGUCUUCUGUCAUUGAAAUAAUCAAAGCCAAGAAUAAGCGUGAAAUGUUGGAGCAAAAAAUGGACGACCUACUGAGUCAUCAGAGACAAUUUGUCGAAAAUAAUCGUCGGUCCUUAGAACAGAAAAUAAAAGAAAAGGAAAAGGAAAUGGAGGAAAAAAACCUUCUUCGCUGCCAGUCUGAUCAAAAAUCUCAAGAAAUCCAUCAGCUGCAAGAACUGAAAACAGCUAAACAGUUUCUGAAGGAGACCCAGAAUUAUGCGGAAGAGAUGAAAACGAGACAAUCUGAAGGCUUUAGAUCAACUGAAGAAGCAAAAUGGAUUCGCUGACAGUAA